AUGGAUCCCCGCUCUGUCACCAAUACCUCUACCCUUGAACCCAGCUUGCAACUCUUCACAAAUCUGUCUCACCUAAAACGCACCACCUGCGACCUCUGCCGAGAGCGCAAAGUACGCUGUGACAGGGGUAAACCCCAGUGUGGUCGGUGCAAAAGGACGGGUCAAACAUGUGCAUACCCAUCAGCUAGUGGGGAGGUGACACGCAUCAACUCCGAGCUCAGAAGUCUACAAUCACGACUGCGCCUGGCAGAGUCAAAGUUGCAUAAGCAGGAUAUGGCCUUUCCUGUUGAACUGGUCGGACCUGUUUUGAAUUCUAGAAGCAACAACAGCCCUCCCCAGGCACUACCAGUAACCACCGAGACCACGUUGGGAGAUCUCGUUAUACCACCUGAUCUGGAGUCUUGGGACCAUGCUAUGGACUUUGAUCCCCUAGAUGGGUUGCUUGACCGAGAUGUCUCUACCGAAAGCAGUAACCAAUGCGAAACUCUAAAUUCUAGUGCCCCUCGAUCUAUCUCAUCAGGCUAUGGUGACUCGGCCCCAUGGCCCUCAGAACCGCUUCAUAUAGCCCAGCGGACUAUGCAGCAGAAUGCGCAUCCCGACCUGAGAAACGAGGUGGGCGAGAUAUCACCAGCAACCACAGAACAACUUUUUCAUAACUAUAUCGACAUAGUGCAUAGACAAAUGCCCCUCAUCGACACCACAGAGUUCCUUCAGGAGACCGCAUACGCUACAUUAAAUCAGCAUCAGGCAUUGAAAUAUGCCGUUGCCAUGGCUGGGGCGGGCGCACGUAAUACGACAUUACAUCUUGAGCAUCAGUACUAUGUUGCCGCAAGAUCCCAUCUUGAAAUGGCGGAGACGCACAUGGGAAACUCCUCCUUCUUGAACCUCGAAACUGCACAAACAUUAAUCUUGAUUGCUCGCUACGAAUUCACACGGACAGAUACCACACGAGCCAUUAUUACCAUGGCCCGGCUUAUGCAACUCAUUCGUUUGCUUGAACUUGAUAUCAUCGAUCGUAGAAGAACACAAGACGAUCCCCUCCAGAAUUUACAUAAGAUCCACGAGUCUCGAAACACGUUAUGGAUUGCAUAUGCCUUUCAUUGUCACGCAUCCACUAUAUUCCCGCGGUGUGAGCCUAUCGAUAUAAAGACUAUCCACACCGCACUCCCCUGCGACUGGACAGAGGGUGACGAAGAUAUCCCUCAGAUAUUCCUAUCAGAAGCAGCCACACACCCUAAAAACAACAAACUCUCUUCUCUAGCCAUAUUUGUCCUCGCUAUGCGACUGGCUGCAUUCACUGAGCAACACCACCGAAUGACCGAAGCAAAUGUUUCGGGCAAAGGCGCCCCAGACUACAAUUUCUGUCUCGCCCACGAACGUAUCGAGAAUAUGAUCGGCAUGAUACUUUCCGCUUUAUCCGGAUGUUCUCUGCAAACGGAGCCGGACAAAGAGCUGCGCGUGUUGACGCUAGUCGUCACCUUCGGUGCACGCAUCACCCUUUACAAGGCAGCCAUUGUGAACGUGAAAAAGGCAUCCUUCCUAGGGCCCGUGGUGGGAGAAAGUGAGAAAACGGGUGUCUUGGCAGCAAAUGCUAUGUGUGACGUACUGCUACAGGCAGACGUAUUGAAUCCUGCUCAUGUCCCCAUGUAUCGGGCCAUGAGCGUAAUUAUCAUGCGCCCUCUGGCGCUAGCGGCCGAGUUUCAACUGUCUGUUGUGCGGAAUUCUGCGCAGGGCAGUGGGAUGGGCAUGUAUUAUAUGAACCGAGAGAUUCGGCAUUCAAUGGAAGUGAUAUGUGGUGCUAUGGAUGCUUUCCAGGAAGGCAUGUGUCAAUACGAUGUUGGCAUCCGGGAAUGUCGGGAGUACUUGGACCGUACGCAGUUUGGGAACCGAUUUUCCACCGAGUUUGGAAACAAACGGAUGUCAGGGUAG